UUAAUGGGAUAUUCGGGGUUGGCUGCCUAAGAAAGGGCUUUCUGGCCUCAGAGAGGAUUUGGGGCAGACUGGGUCUGAAAGGCAGUAGUAGCCUGUUCUCUUGCCAAUGGGAUUUACAGUGUAUUCCCUGGACUGGGUCUCCCAUCAUCCACGGGGCCAGAAAGAGGAGGGGUCCUGCCCUGCAGUAAGGCCCCCAAUCCCUCUGAACCCAGGACUACAACUCCCAUGUCCCAGCCUUGGCCAAUUUCCUUUCUCUCUUACUGGCAGCUCACUCUCGGGCAAGAUGGAGGCCAGGAGGCGGGGCAGGCAGGUAAGCCAGCCCCAGAGGAGGAGCCGCAGCCGGGGAAGCUCAGCUGGAGGGAGCAGCGGCGGAGAGAGACCCGGGCAGCGCAGGCGAGGCGCAGAAAGGAAGGGGGCUGGAUUACAACAACAACAACAGCAACACUUCCUCUGAAGCAAGACAUUAAGGCCCCGAAGUGUGCACUCACCAUCCUUGGACCCUGAAGUCCUUGCCACCGCAGUCUCCUUUCCUUCCCAGCUGACUCGGCCCUGCUAUGUCCGUCAUGGUGGAACUGGGCGACAGCCAUCCGGAGAGGAUGACAGCCGAGGACAUCAUUGUCAACACCCGCCAGGUGAUGAAGGGCCUGGAAGCCCUGCGGAGCGAGAACAAGAGCAUCCACCAACGGCUGCAGGAGGCCUUGCUGAAGGGCCGGCAGCUGAUGGAUGAGAGGGAACAGGCGGCCGCAGAUGCAGAGAUGGCGGACUUUCAGGCUUUGGAGCUCCUGGAAGAGAAGCAUGACUUGGUCUGCAAGAGCCUGGAGGGGAUUGAGUUGGGCAUUGCGGAAGCACAGAUGAUGAUCGCACUGUCUUCUCACAUCGGGGCUCUGGAAGCUGAGAAGCAGAAGUUGCGCGUCCAGGUGAAGCGCCUGUGCCAGGAGAACCUGUGGCUGCGGGACGAGUUGGCCGUAACCCAGCUGCGGCUGCAACACAGCGAGGAGAUGGUGGCCCAGCUGGAGGAGGAGAAGAAGCACCUGGAGUUUUUGAACCAGCUCAAACAGUACGACUCCAAGGAGGAUCAGUCAGAAAAAGACGACUCGGAGCAGAGGAAGGAUAGCUUGUCAUCCUUGUUCCCCAGCGACGACGAUGAGCAGAGGCCGGGAGGGCAGGGAUCGAGCGCAGCCGGCGCUUCCGCAGCCCAGCAAGGCGGCUACGAAAUUCCUGCACGGCUGCGGACCCUGCACAACCUGGUCAUCCAGUACGCCUCGCAGGGGCGCUAUGAAGUAGCUGUCCCGCUCUGCAAGCAGGCCUUGGAGGAUUUGGAGAAGAGCUCUGGACACAGCCACCCAGAUGUGGCCACCAUGCUUAACAUCUUGGCUCUCGUCUAUAGGGACCAAAACAAAUACAAGGAAGCAACGGAGCUGCUCAACGAUGCCCUUGACAUCCGGGAGCAGACGCUGGGCGUGGAGCACCCUGCUGUGGCUGCCACUCUGAACAACUUAGCUGUGCUCUAUGGGAAAAGGGGAAAGUAUAAAGAAGCAGAGCCGCUGUGCAAAAGAGCAUUGGCGAUCCGUGAGAAGGUAUUGGGCACAGAUCACCCAGAUGUGGCCAAACAGCUGAACAAUCUAGCUCUCUUGUGCCAGAACCAGGGCAAAUUCGAGGAGGUGGAGCAGUACUACCAGCGGGCGCUCCGUAUCUACCAGACCCGGCUUGGUCCCGACGACCCCAAUGUAGCCAAAACCAAGAACAACCUGGCAUCCUCAUACCUGAAGCAGGGCAAGUACCAGCAGGCAGAAGAGCUGUACAAGGAGAUCCUCUCUUCGCACGACCAAGAAUUGGCCACCAACCGGAGCGAUGAAAGCAGGUUGGCAAUAGGAGGAAGUCUGCAGCAGGGCCAGGAUACCACAGGAAUCCUCCGGCGCAGCAGUUCCUUCUCCCAGUUCCGCGAGUCCAUCAAACGCGGCAGCAAGAAACUCGUUUCCAAACUGAAAGGGGAAGGGGUCCAUCGGCCCAUCAGACCCCCAGCCACAGGGAUGAAGCGAGCCACCUCCCUCAAUGUGUUGCAUGUGGGUGAGAGAGCAGUCGCUGCAUGCCCAACCCAGCCUUUCAAGCACCUGGCCAAUGCCCGGAGUCUGAGCUCCAGUACCCAGGACCUGCCGCACAGCAGCUCUACCUAGGACAGGCCAUCUGCAGUCUUCUCACCUUGCACUCUUGCUGCCUGAGACUAGACCAAACCUGGAGCCAACCCUUCUCUCUUGCUCUCCUCCUUUGCCAGCUCCAGGCUUCAAGCUGGCUCCUGGAACGGAGGCGUGGCUGUUUGCUUGCACCAAAUGGAGCAGAGCUGGUCACUCCUUGGCUACUGAGGCUGCCAACUCUUGCUUGCAUGAAGAGUCUCCCUUCCGUCCUGCGCUCCAGGAUAGAGGCCAGGAGGGGCAAUGUCCCUGCCAAGGAUGACAGACUGCUAUUUCUCAGGACGUUUGGGGAAGGGAAGUGGGCAGCCCUCUCCCCUCCAAAGCAGCACAAAGCCCCCUUGUGUCCGACUGCCUUAAAACCCCUUGAGCAGGAACAAGUCACCUGUGCUUCUUCGGCUGGCAAGAACUGCCACCGACGAUUCCAUCCAGUGUCACUAUUUAUUCUAUUUAUGCAAUGGGGAACCUUAACCCUCUCUUGACUUGCCCAAACCUCUAAAUAAAAAAAAAAGGUGGUUGUAAAA